AUGGGCAGUAUCAGGCGCAUCAAGACGAAACGUCGCACCCGCGAUCUUGAUCAAGUCAAAGCAGACCUGAAAUCACCCAGACAUCUUGCUCAACACAAAGGCCUCAAGGCCGCCGAGGAUCUACCUGGACUGGGUGCCUUUUAUUGCACCGAAUGCGCCAAAUAUUUCUCAGACAGCCACAACCUGAACGAGCAUAGAAGAGGGAAAAUUCACAAGAGACGUGUUCGAAUGCUCAAGGAAGAGGCACACAGCCAGAAAAUUGCAGAUGCGGCUGUAGGGUUGGGGACAGAUAACCGUCGCUCUCGCCCUUCAGAAGAUGAUCUAGUCAACGAGGCCAUGAAAGAUGUCGAGCAUUGA